AUGGCGCUCGACACGUUCUUCCACAACAAGAUCGAGGCAAUGAAGCUCGAGAUCAUACAGGGCCAAGCCAAACUGCGACGCCUCGAAGCCCAGCGAAAUGACUACAACUCCAGAGUGCGGUUACUGCGAGAAGAGCUCGGCCUCUUGCAACAACCAGGCUCCUACGUCGGCGAGGUGGUCAAGGUUAUGGGCACGAAGAAGGUGCUCGUCAAGGUGCAUCCAGAGGGCAAAUACGUCGUCGAUGUCGCCGAUAGCGUCGAUAUCAGCAAACUGACCGCCGGCAAGCGCGUCACCCUACUUAGCGACUCUUACAAGCUCGAGAAGCUGCUUCCAUCGUCCGUCGAUCCGCUGGUGUCCCUCAUGAUGGUCGAGAAGGUGCCAGACAGCACGUACGACAUGAUAGGCGGUCUCGACCAGCAGAUCAAGGAGAUCAAGGAAGUCAUCGAGCUGGGUCUACAACAUCCUGAACUCUUCGAAUCGCUCGGUAUAGCACAGCCCAAGGGUGUCCUGUUAUAUGGCCCGCCAGGAACAGGAAAGACUCUGCUUGCCCGUGCAGUGGCACAUCACGCCGACUGCAAGUUCAUCCGAGUCUCAGGCAGCGAAUUGGUGCAAAAGUACAUUGGCGAGGGCAGUCGCAUGGUCCGAGAGCUGUUUAUCAUGGCACGAGAACACGCACCCAGCAUCAUCUUCAUGGACGAGAUCGACAGCAUUGGCUCAAGUCGUGUGGAAGGUAGCUCGGGGGGUGACUCGGAGGUGCAGCGUACCAUGUUGGAACUGUUGAAUCAGCUGGACGGUUUCGAGCCCACGAAGAACAUCAAGAUCAUCAUGGCAACCAAUCGCCUGGACAUUCUGGACCCUGCCCUGCUGCGGCCCGGCCGUAUCGAUCGGAAAAUCGAGUUCCCGCCACCAACUGUCGAAGCGCGUGCAGACAUCCUGCGAAUUCACUCGAGGAGUAUGAAUCUAACGCGCGGAAUCAACCUCAACAAGAUCGCUGAGAAGAUGAACGGAUGCUCAGGUGCCGAGCUCAAGGGUGUCUGCACGGAAGCCGGUAUGUUCGCGCUCAGGGAGAGGAGAGUACACGUUACGCAGGAAGAUUUUGAUCUUGCGACCGCCAAGGUGCUGAACAAGCACGACGACAAGGCUACCAGUUUGAGCAAGCUGUGGAAGUAG